UCCGUUGCCGCUGUGCUCUCCGGAAUCCGAGCAGGGUUCUCCAGCGGGAAGAAGAUGCCGAUUUACAGAAUCAGAGGAAUCGAUGUUGACUUCCCAUUCGAGGCCUACCCUUCUCAGAUCACUUACAUGGACCGAGUAAUCGAGUCUCUGCAAAACAAAUGUCACGCACUUUUGGAGAGUCCUACGGGAACUGGGAAAACGCUGUGUCUUCUAUGUGCCACCUUAGCCUGGAGAAAGAGUCUGGGCAGUUUCUCUACCCUUAAGGAUCGGAAGAAGAGUGAGUUUCCUUGGACAGAUUCAGACGAGCAAAUGUCGCAACCCGGAGGAGGAGGAGGAGCAGGUUUUCCUACCAUAGUUUAUGCGUCUCGGACUCAUAGUCAGCUCCGCCAAGUGAUUAAAGAACUGAAAAGAUGUAGCUACAGGCCUAAGAUGCUGGUGCUUGGAUCACGUGAGCAAUUAUGCGUCAAUGAGCAAGUGAAUUCACUCCGAGGAAAGGCACUCACCAAUGCUUGUCAGUACCUUUGCAAAAAGCGUGGAAAACGCCAAUGUGACCAUUUCAAUCGGGUUCCAGGUACUUUUCCUUAUUCGGACUCUACCACUUCGCUGUCGAACGACUUGCGCCUGCCUAUUGCAACAUCACACAACCAUUGCCUGCUUGCAGAUUAUUUGAAGCACAACCCUCACAUUGGCGACGAACCAGUUGACAUCGAGGAUUUGGUCAAUAUUGGAAAAGAUUCUGGACCAUGCCCAUAUUAUAUCACAAGAGAGGUUCACAAGGACGUAGACAUCUUAUUUACACCAUACAACUACUUGAUCAGCAAUGCCUAUAGGAAGUAUUUGAAGGUCAACUGGAAUAGUAGCGUCCUGAUUUUUGAUGAAGCUCACAAUCUAGAAAGUUUAUGCGCAGACUCAGCUUCAUUUGACCUUCCUUCUGUGCUUUUAUCGGCUUGCAUUUCUGAGGCGCAAGAAUGUGUAGAACUAGCGUCAGCAAGAAGGGGUUCAUUAAAUGACGGGUCCAUGAACCCUGAGAAUUUUGCCAUACUUAAAGGACUUCUAUUAAAGUUGCAGGAACUGAUUUCUAAAGUGCCAAUUCCGAGAAGGGAUGAGGGAUUUACCAAGCCUGGGCCUUACAUAUAUGAAAUGCUUAAAAGCCUCAACAUUACUCAGGAAACUGCUCCUAAACUCAUCGAUACAGUUGAGGAAGCUGCAGUGCUCCUGGAUGAGGAGAAACAGCGAACAGGGACCAACGCUGGAAGCAAACUAGAAAUCAUUGCUGACAUGCUUAAACUGAUCUUUAGAGAAAAUGGAAGUAACCAUGCAGAUGUUUACCGUGUUCAUAUACAGGAGCUUGAGCAAAAUUCUACUGAUGUCAUUAAAGGCAAGGCAUCAAGAACGCUUAGCUGGUGGUGUUUCAAUCCUGGGAUCACCAUGCAGGAUAUAGCAAAAAAAGGUGUUGGGACUAUCAUUUUAACAUCGGGGACCUUGUCUCCCAUGGAUUCAUUGGCUCAAGAACUAAAAUUAGACUUUCCUGUUCGGUUGGAGAAUCCCCAUGUUAUAUCCUCAAAUCAGCUAUGGGCUGGAGUUGUAAUUAACUUUUCUCGAGUUGUGCCUGAUGGGCUGCUGGUAUUUUUCCCUUCCUACUACCUUAUGGACCGUUGCAUUGCAUUUUGGAAAGAUGGGUGUCACGGGAACUCAAUGACAAUAUGGGAAAGAAUCUGCAAACUAAAGAAACCUGUCAUUGAACCUAAAGAUUCUUCCCUCUUUCCUGCAGCAAUGCAGGACUUUUCAGAAAAAUUGCAAGACAGAUCAAUUUUGGGUGCGGUAUUUUUUGCAGUUUGUCGUGGAAAGGUCAGUGAAGGACUGGAUUUUGCUGACGGCGCUGGCAGAGCUGUUGUCAUUACUGGGUUACCUUAUGCCAGGGUGACUGAUCCUAGGACUGGCACUGAGAGCAUUGAUAACCCAUUUUUAAAACAGGUUAAACUGAAACGAGAGUUUUUGGAUGAGCAAUCACAACUUGCAGAUGUCAAGUUUCCAAGAUCAACCUUUCUCUCUGGAAGCAUGUGGUACGGUCAAGAAGCCGCACGGGCUGUGAAUCAGGCUAUUGGACGUGUUAUCCGCCAUCGCCAUGAUUAUGGAGCUAUCAUUUUCUGUGAUGACAGAUUUGAACAGCCGUCCCAACAGUCCAAGAUAUCACUGUGGAUACGACCGUAUGUCAAGUGCUACCCUAGAUAUGGAGAGGUCAUUUCUGACCUUGCUCGGUUUUUCCGGACUGAAAGAUUAAAUUUUCCUGCAAUGCGUGUAACAGAGCAAGAGAACAAUAUAGUUUCUACAUUGUUACCAACGGAGUCAACCAAGGAUGCUCCUAUGGGUGAUAGUUAUGUAAAGAGCGCUGGGGUUGCACGAAAUGAGUUGGGUAGACUGGAAGCAAUGCCUCCUGCAAAUCAAGCUUCAGCUUCGGAGCGUGUUGGAAGUAAUGUAAAAUGGAAAGGCCUGACCAUUCUACAACGUAAGGGCAAGAUGCCUCGCAUUGUAAAGGGAGAGGCGAUGCAGGCUUGUUCUUCACGGAAGACAAAGUUUAUAGAAAUAAGUGACGAGGAGACUCCGGAAGAGAGGAGAUGUGAAGUAGUUGAUCUAGAAUGCAACAACUAUGAGAAGCAGACUUGUGAAACAGAGAAGGCUGCAUCGGGCACCUGCUUCAACACAAUGGGGCUAAUAAAAAAGCGAAAGGUUCCAGAGAGUCAGGGAACUGCAUCAUCGUCCUCGUUGUCUAAAGAGAUAGGGAAUAGAGGUGGUGAUAACAAGGAAGCAAGUGCAUCUGCAUUUUUGAGCCAGGUGAAAGAAAAGCUCAACACAGAAGAAUAUAACAAGUUCAUUGGAUACAUGCAAGCAUUGAAGAAGAAGGAGCUUAAAUUAUUGAACGUGAUGCAAUCCAUUGUGCAGCUGUUCUGUGGGGCAGAUAGAGAUCAUCUUCUCAUGGGAUUCAGGGACUUUGUGCCAGUAAAGCAUCGUCCUGCAUAUGAGCAAUGCAUCAAAACGAGGAAAAGAGAAGCCUGA